AUGACACUUCAAUUGGCUGAUAGAUCAGUUAGACCUCCAAAGGGCAUCAUUGAGGAUGUGCUUGUGAAAGUUGAUAAGUACAUCUUUCCUCCGGACUUUGUGGUGUUAGAUGUUGAUGAGGACGUCGAGGUUCUAUUGAUACUUGGAAGACCAUUCUUGCGCACUUCCAAGGCUCUCAUUGACAUGGAUAGAAUGGUUCCUAGAUCAAAGAAGUUGGCCGGCAAGCGUCCCCACGAACCCUCUCCAGAGCAAUUGGAGUUUGUGAUCACAGAACAUCAAGCUCGGUUCGAGCGCUUGUCGAAGCUCAAGUUUGGACAGUCGAGGUUUGCAGACUUAAGUACAUUGAGAGAGACACAACUUGGGGACGAGAAGGCUGAUGAGGUGGUAGAGCUUCUCUCAAUCGAUUAUAUUGAUACAGAGGAGUAUAAGCAGCUACCUACCGAUUACCCAGGCAGUUUGACUCCUCAGAAUGCUUACAGGAUGCUGUGCGGUUAA